AUGAGUUAUUAUACUGAUUUUGAGCAUACUAAAGCGCCAUAUAGCGUCAGAAUUGUGAAAUUUGGGUGUGAAAAUUGCGGUCGUCGUUGGCAGAGCGCCAAUGGUAGCCUCAGUGAUUACCAGAAAUGUAGAAACUGCUAUGAAAGAUGUUACCCAUCCAGCUACAAGAUUCAAGCACCCAACAAACGUGGAAAUGAGAAUCGAGGCACUUUUCAAGCCCACGACACAGAAUUAUGCGGCCGAUGUGAAAGACUAGGCUACUCUUGCAUGGAAUUGGGCAAUGCAAUCGACCAAGACAAUCUCCUCGUCACUGGAGCUGAUGAUGAGGAUGUGGUAUUAACAAAAUCAAACGACCUCUUCUCAUAUGUUGUUGAGCCAAAAAUCAAAAGGGGCAAGAACAAGGCCAAAAAUGAGAAGAGUCGAGCUAUAUUCAUGGAUAGCCGCUCAGAUAUCGACGUCUACAAUACUGCCCAUCGUCUGACGAUUGUUGAUACUGUUUAUUACAACAAAAAUGACGAUGCUUUGGACUUUAGCAAAUACAAUUACUUGAGCGAUGAACAGAAAAUGUACGAAGAUAGCUUUUACAACAUGCUUGAUGUGGAGGAGUAUUGA